CAUGCCUUCACCUGUAUCGUCGUCAGGAAUGAAGUCCAGCGCCGGCACUGCUAUGUACCCUCUGCACCGCUGCAAGACCAUACACCUGGUGAGGCACGCCCAGGGUGUUCACAACGUGGAAGGCGAGAAGGAUCAUAGUGCUUACACGUCACCCUCCUUCUUUGAUGCUCCGAUUGCUCCUUUAGGCUGGAGACAUGUUGACUAUCUGCGAGAGCAUGUGAAAAACUGUGGGCUUGCAGAGAAGAUUGAGCUGGUUAUUUGUUCCCCUUUACUAAGGACUAUGCAGACUGCAGUGGGGGGUUUUGGUGGUGAAAGCUAUACUGGUGGAGGUGGUGCACCUCCGUUAAUGGUGGAAAAUGCUGGACAAAGUGAACGUCUGGCAAUUUCAAGUUUGAACUGCCCACCGUUUCUUGCAGUUGAGAACUGCAGGGAGCGCUUGCAAGGUGGGCAUCCCUGUGAUAAGAGGAGGAGCAUUGCAGAGUAUCGAACAAUCUUUCCUGCCAUCGAUUUUUCACUGGAAAAGAAUGAUGAAGAUGUUCUUUGGGUACCAGAUGUUAGAGAAGCACAUAAGUCAGUUGCAGCGAGGGGUAUGAAGUUCAUGGAUUGGUUAUGGACGAGAGAAGAGAAAGAGAUAGCUAUCGUCACCCAUAGCGUCCUAUUACAAGAUACCUUAUGCAUGUACAGCAAGGAGUGCCAUCCAACCAUAAGACACGAAAUGAGCAAGCGCUUUGCAAACUGUGAGCUCCGCUCAAUGAUACUUGUUGACAGGAGUGUGAUUGGGUUGGGCUCCCCCAGUUUGAACUACCCAGGCAAUAUUCCAGUCAGACUUGACUUGCUUGGCAAUAGCAUGUAAUUUAAUACGUAACGCACGGAAUUGGGGGAUUGUGAG